AACUCUUCCUUUCCUUUAUUUUCCCAACAUUUUUUCUACUGAUCUCUUCUCAAAAAUGUUCUUCUCUAUUCUUCACAUAGACAAGAAGGAAGUUUCUCCGGUCACUGCAUCGAUCAAUCUUAAAACAUGGCGGAUGGAUAUGUCAAUGAGAUUAUCAAGGGUCAUUUUGUGGCGACUCGUCAAGCUAGUGAGCAAUCGCGUGGUCCUGUUCUUGUACAGUCUCCAUCUGAAGCUCCGUUAGAGAAGAAAAUGACUAGUUUUAUGGUGGAUUUUUUCAUGGGAGGAGUUUCUGCUGCUGUGUCUAAGACGGCUGCUGCUCCGAUUGAGAGAGUCAAGCUUUUGAUUCAGAAUCAGGAUGAGAUGAUCAAAUCCGGUAGACUCUCAGAACCGUACAAAGGGAUUACCGAUUGCUUUACAAGAACUAUCAAGGAUGAAGGUGUCCUUUCUCUAUGGAGAGGCAAUUCUGCAAAUGUCAUCAGAUAUUUCCCAACACAGGCUUUGAAUUUUGCUUUUAGAGACCACUUUAAGAGAAUGUUUAAUUUCAAUAAAGAAAGGGAUGGCUACUGGAAGUGGUUUGGAGGAAAUUUAGCAUCCGGUGGUGCUGCUGGUGCUUCAACCCUUUUGUUCGUGUACUCGCUGGACUAUGCCAGAACGCGGCUCACUAAUGAUGCUAAGGCUGCGAAAAAGGGUGGUGAGAGGCAGUUUAAUAGUUUGCUCGAUGUUUACCGGAAAACUAUCAAAUCUGAUGGUAUUCCUGGUCUCUACCGGGGCUUCACCAUCUCGUGUGUGGGAAUAGUUGUUUACCGUGGUUUGUACUUUGGAGUAUACGAUUCGCUUAAACCUGUGGUUCUGGUUGGUAACUUGCAGGAUAGUUUCUUUGCAAGUUUUUUGCUCGGAUGGGGCAUUACUAUCGGUGCUGGUUUAACGUCUUACCCGAUUGAUACGGUGCGUAGAAGAAUGAUGAUGACUUCAGGAGAAGCAGUCAAGUACAAGGGUUCAUUAGAUGCAUUUUCUCAGAUAAUGAAGAAAGAAGGAACCAAGUCGCUCUUCAAAGGCGCUGGAGCUAAUAUCCUUCGUGCUGUUGCUGGUGCCGGUGUUCUAGCCGGGUAUGAUAAACUGCAGCUCAUUUUCUUCGGAACGAAAUAUGGAUCUGGUGGUGGUAGAUAUAUCGAGUGAUAAUGACAAAGAUGAUCGUUGUGGUUGUGUAGAUUAGUUUUGUUUGUCCAAGUCUAACUUUUGAGUUGAGAGUCUAUCGGAAUUUGGAAACAGCUUUUCUACGGAUCAGACUCCACUUUUGAGAUUAUACUGAAUAUGUUGUUGUUGUUGAGUUUGACUUUUGCAUAAUUUCAAACGAUCCAUGUUAUUAGUAAUAUAGUGUAUAGAGAUCCUCAGUGGUUUAUGGAUAGAGAUCACCUUGUAAGCUUAUACAAGAUUGUGUACACAUUCCUGGUUGCUUUGCA